GUUUCCUCCAAGCCGAUGCCGUCCAAAUCUACUGGACAGAAAAUGGGAAACACUUCCAAGGAAAAAAAUCCAGGACAAAUACAACUAUACAGAAAAGUGGAAGGAAUACCCCAGAAGAAUAAUUCCCAGGAAGAAGAAGCUUCUAAAAACCAGAAGAGAACAGGAAAACAAAAUGCCAAAAACUCUGGAUCCAGAAGAAUAAAGUCGAUCAUGUUACAAGGAAACUCCAAGGAACAGCCAAUUCAGCAAAGAAAGCGAGUGUCCAAGAAACAGCAUCGGUGUCUUGAUUGUGGGAAAAUCUUCAACAGAACCUCUGCUCUCAGUGCCCAUCAGAGAGUCCACACAGGUGAAAAGCCUUACAAGUGCACUGAAUGCGAGAAGAACUUCAGCAAGAGUUCACACCUCAUUGCUCACCAGAGAAUCCACACAGGAGAAAGACCCUACACUUGUUUGACCUGUGGGAAAAGUUUCAAUCACUCUUCCCAUGUGAUUAUCCACCAGAGAACUCAUACAGGGGAGAAACUUUACAAGUGUUUAGAAUGUGGGAAAAACUUCCGAUACAGUUCUGAUCUCAUCAGGCACCAGAUUGAACAUGCAGGUGAAAAACCCUUCCGGUGUUCAGACUGUGGGAAAUGUUUCAAUCGGACCUCCAACCUCCUUAUCCAUCAGAGGAUACACACAAAAGAGAAACCCUACAAGUGCCUUGAAUGUGGGAGAAACUUCAGUUACAGCUCAGUUCUUAUCAGGCACCAAAGAGUGCAUUCCUCUGAGAAGCCUUUUAAAUGCUUAGACUGUGGAGAAGGUUUCCAUGCGAACACAAGCCUUCUCACACACCAGAGGAUACAUACAGGAGAGAAACACUAUUCAUGUUCGGAGUGUGGGAAAAGCUUCAGGUGGAUAUCACAUUUAAAUAGGCAUCAGAAGAUCCACACUGGAGAGAAGCCGUAUCUCUGCAUCAUUUGUGAGAAAACUUUCCGCAAUCACUCAGGACUUAUGGUCCAUCAGAGAAUCCAUACAGGAGAGAAGCCGUAUAAAUGCCCGGAUUGUGACAAGAGCUUCAACCAGCGAUCCCAUCUCACCUCUCACCACGGGACCCACACAGGCGAGAAGCCGUUUAAAUGCUUUGACUGUGGGAAGAGCUUCAGUUACAACUCUGGGCUCAUCAUACACCAGCGAAUUCACACCGGGGAGAAACCGUAUAAAUGCUCCAACUGUGAGAAAAGCUUCAGCCAAAAAUCUCACCUCCUUUCGCAUCAGAGGACCCAUAUGGGAGAGAAAUCUUUCAAAUGCCCUGACUGCGGGAAAAGCUUCAGUUACAACUCCGGUCUCGUCAUACAUCAACGGAUCCACACUGGGGAGAAGCCUUAUAAAUGUUCUGACUGCGGAAAGAGCUUCAAUCAGAGGUCGCACCUUAUUUCUCAUCAAGGCAUUCACACGGGGCAGAAACCAUACACAUGCCAGGAUUGUGGGAAGAGUUUUAGCUUCAAUUCUGGGCUUGUUAUUCAUCAAAGGCUUCAUACUGGAGAGAAACCAUAUAAGUGUCCCAACUGUGGGAAGAACUUCAAUCAGAAAUCGCACCUUAUUUCUCACCAGAGAAUCCAUAUUGGGCAGAAAACCUAAAUUCUAAAGGCAAUUCUGUAUAGUUUGUUAAUAUUAGCAUCAUCUUUGCUCUCUAAAUAGUAGCUUUUGAAGAACUAUGUGUCGUCAUCUGCGUGUCCAGAAGCAGUGGACUUGUUUUAGGGUUUUGAAAUUCUGUUUGUACUUUACAAAUUCAUUAUUUCAAAAUGUGUAGCAAAAAGAAAAGUGGCAGCCAAGAGCAGUGGAUAGGACAAGAGGACUGAGGUCAGGGGUUAAAAAGACUACAAUAAGUAUAAAAAAUGCCAGAAAGCUUCAUGUACUUUAAUGUUCAUUUUUUUCAAUUUUAUAAGAAAAUAAUACUCUAGUUUUAAAUGUAAAAGAUUUUAAAGUAACUAUAGGAAAAUGCUUUAAAAUGAUCAUUAAUGUGUUAAUAUAGAUUCUUAGCCUGUGCAAAAUAUAUAGCCCUCCUUCCAAAGUCUCUUUAAGGCAUAGAGAGAUAGAGGGUAGUUGGAUCCCCCACUGCUGAACACGAUGCUUUGUUCCUUUUUUGGCUUGGGAGUUUGCUAUGCUUAGAUUUGAAAAGGAAACCUUACAUUUCUACAAACAAAAAAAGUCAUAUCGUGUGGAAUGCUGGAAUAAAGAUGUGAUACAGAGGUAGUAGCCACAGGCCAAUCUUCGUUCCUCUACAAAUCCUAGACCAGGGGUGGGUUUUUACUGGUUCGGACUGAGUAGGUAGUAACUCGGCCUGCCACACCCUCCAACUGGUUCUAUCGUCACCACAAGUGCCACCAUCUUGUUUUUUGCUUCUGCGCAUGCACAGAAGCAUUUUUUACUACUGCGCAUGCACAUGCCGUGCACCUGAAGUGCAUGCACGCCCAAAGCGCAUCCCUGAGUGAACUGGAAAUACCAGUAGCCGGAACCCACCUCUGUUCUAGACUAUAUUGUAUGGAGGCAACUUUGGAAUUUCAAAAGGUAAUAAAUCAAGAAUUUACCCUUGUUAAUCUCUAGAUUUUCUCUUAAUGCUUUUUAUAGGAGGUUGCCCAAGUGCAGACUUUAGUAUUUAGAGAAUGCAUUAAGGUUACAAAUGCAAAUUAAAGUAUGGUUUGUUUAAAUUAAUACAUAGCUUAAGUUUUGUUCAAUUUAAGUGGUUAGGUGUGCUUCUGACCAUCAUCCAAGGUGCUGCUUAUUGGCUGUAUUAUUCAAAAUAUUGCCACAUGAAGAGGUCCCAUCAAGUAAUCCUCAGGAAUCCUGUUAUUUGCUCUUGUGUGAUACCAAUAUGUGGAAUUCCCUGCUCCAAGUGGUCUGUGUUGGCCCUUUAUUUAGUAGUGGUCAAAAUUGGUAUUUUAAAAGAAACAUUUUGUUCUACCUCUCUUUCUAUGCCUUUUGUGAUUUUGUUUUAAUUUUUGAAUAUUUGAUCUAGGUUCCAGAUCGUUUUUAGAUUGCUGUUGUUAUUCUUGUUGUUAUUUACUACAUUGGAUCCAGAUUUAGUCGCGCUUAAAAAAAACCCCACUGAAAUCAGAGGGUUAAGGUAAUUGUAACUAACCUGUACCAUUGAUUUGAAUGUGCUUAUGUGUAACCAUGACAAGUGUAUGGCUUUCUUCAUUGUUGCUGAACUCCAGUUUUCAACAGCACUUGGCAUUAUGGUAUCCAGUGAGAGAUGGUGGAAAUUGCAGCCUAACAACAUCUGGAAGGUCAUUGGGUACCAGGUCUUGGACUACUGAAGUAUUGGAUGCUGUCUGCCGCCCUGAGGCCAAGGGGUUGACAAUAUUAAAUGUAAAUAUUAAGUCAAUUGUAAAUAUUAAGUCAGUCAGUAUUACAUUUUUAAGCAUUGAUCAUUACAGCUUGAUCUUCUGUACAUAUAACAUUGCUGAUUAGAAUGGAGCCAAGGUGGCACAGUGGUUAAAUGCAGCACUGCAGGCUACUGCUAGAUCAGCAGGUCAGCGGUUCAAAUC